ACAUUUACACAUAUUAAAAGAAAGUGGAUGAGAGGUGGACACUGGUGACUGGCUGGAGUGGCAUUGGACAUUGGACAUUGGACAUUGGACAUUGGACAUUGCAUUGGACACUGGACAUUGGACUGUGAGGAGUGGAGGUCGAUCGGCAGAUUUCAAGCCAUCUCUCUUUUGGUACAUCUCAAUAUGUGCAUAUUCCCAAGCAAUAUCGACCGACCGACCGACGUGCGUGUAUUCAUUCGUAGGUACUCGGACCAAUUGGAAGUGCCGUUGUCUUGUUCUUGUUCUUUUCCACUGCUGCUUCUGCUUCUUCUGCUUCUUCUGCUUCUUCUGCUGCUUCUCCUGCUUCUUCUACAUCAUCUUCACGAUCAGUUGUUUCUUCUUUCUUCUUUCUUCUUUCUUCUUUCUUCUUUCUUCUUUCUUCUUUCUUCUUUCUUCUUUCUUCUUUCCUUCUUCCUUCUUCCUCCUUCCACCACCUCACUUCCCUAUAAAGGCAUGACUAAUCCAGCAAUCUAUUAUUAUUCUCUCAAGUCUCAAUUCCUGACUCUUGACACGAGUCUUUUCCUCUUUUCCUCUUUUCCUCUUUUCCUCUUUCCCUCUUCCCCUCUGCCCUGCUUCUUCCCAGUCUCUCUUCCCAAUUCCCCUAUAGCGACGGACUAUCCCUAGUCCAUCGAGGACUAAAGUGCUGACCACCCUGCUUUAAGCUUUUGGCGACUUUUCUUUUUAUCGUACCAGCAAACCAGGAUGUGCAAAAGGUCUCCAUCAACAAAGACAAAGCCUGCAAAACCUAAACCGCCCCUGUAAAUUAAAAAAACAAAAAAAAGCAUCGACAUCCAUCCCAAAUUCUAAAUACCCUCGUAACACACCCACUAUUGCCGAAUCGAAGGCCAAAAGAAGGAUUCGAACCCUUUUCUUAUGCUUCUAGUCCAGUAAUCCCCCCCUCUCACUCUCAAUCUUCCCAAGUCCCCCCUCCCCCCCUCCCCUCGAUCCUCGAAACCCGAAUAUCUCUACAACCCACCCACCCCUUUGCUCAGUUGCUGCUCCCAGUCUCUUCUCAAUACUUCCGCAUUCCUUGUCGAUUCUCGUUCCCAGACACCCAGACACCCAGACACCCAGAUACCCAGAUACCCAGGACCCAACUAUCUCACCCUCUUUUUUCGAGAAGAAAAAAAAGAAGCAGGACUCCAUUGUCAAUUCCACGCCUUACCCACACGCCCAAACGCUAAAACACCAGAAAUCAUCUGUGAGUACCUAGAGCGAGCGAGCGAGAGAGAGAGAGAGCGAGAACAAGAGCAUCUCAUUUUUUCACGAUACAUGAACCCUCCCCAUCUUAUUCCUUAACCUCCUCGUCUUCUCUCCAACAACAACAACAACAACAACAACAACAGCCUCUACGCUUUGAUAUCUUGGCUCAUCAUCUAUGGUUUCUAAUUGAAGAACAGCAACAGAACAUUUCAUCCUGAUUGUACAUUAUUUAUCAUAUCAAAUCUAUGAAUUCGGCAUCGGCGCAUUGUUAACUAUCAAGAAAAGAGUACCUGCCGCAUUGUAUCCCGAGCUUCUAGUUCAGCCCAGAAGCAGCCUCCAUCUCGAGAUCUCUUCUCCGCCCUGCAGCAAUCGCAUGGUUCUUUCCGAGGCAUCUUAAUAACCUUCGUGUCACCUGGAAAACUACAACUUCACUCCAACGUCUGUUCAAUCCCGUAAGAUCAGAUUACAAUCUCAACAAGAUCUAUCUCAACCUUUCUUCCGAUUCCUCGAAAUCUUUCCAGGGUCAAUCACUCCUCCCAAGACGCGCUUGACAAUCAGAUUCUACAAACAGAUAUAACUUUGCGACGCGAAUAGUUUGUGCUAAGACGCCGAAUAUCCGCACAAGGUCUCGAGUCUCGAGAGCGCAUACAUCGGAAAGAAAGGACUGUUGGACUAAGCUCACUUCUCAUUGAGAGAAUAAGUUUGCGAGUUCACCAAACUCUAUUCAACCCAAAUUCGAAAACGCGCCACUUCAAAGACACUUUGCCUCAUCACAUCUCACAUUCACGACUGAUCCGAUAUAUCAUCCUAUCAGACGAACCUUUGGCUCGUGCCUCAGACACUGCAGUAUCCCGAGCCAGCAUCACUCAAAAGAGGUGCAAACAUAUUCUCACGUUCUGAGAACCACUGCUACAUUGCUAUCUUACACGAACCAGUGUUUUCACGUUACGGUACGGUACUUCUUUGGGGUCAAAGAACACGCACACGCAGUCGCGUCUAGGAGGUUAUUGCAAUCUCGCGAAAGCAAGUCAAGAGACUCGAGCAUCAUCAGCGUUCCAUAAACUGGAAAAGCAUAUUCCUCUUCCAAUUUGCGGACGAUCAAAAGAAGAGGCAAUCAAAUUUAACCGGUCUGUACGGUUGCCCGUGCGUUGUGACAUUCCCGCAUCCCCGCCCACCCAGUGCCCAGAUUGGCGGAUUUCACAUAGUAACAGGUCGUGAAAAUUUAUCGCGGUCAAUCUUCUAUUAUUUACAUUUUUGAAGCCAUACCGUGGACGGUGUGAUUUAGUCACCAAUAACAAGACUUGUCGAAAAAAGUGAAAAGCGGUAAAAUCCCCUCAAAAGAAGUCAUUCUAAAAGGUCACUUCAACUUUUGAUUGGAACGAAGAACUUUCAAUCACGUUACUGUAUCUAAUUCACUCCGGUCACGUUGGUCAUUACGGCCCAAUUCCAAUUUUUGCAGACUAUUUUCUAUUUAAUAUUCUCGCAUACGACUCACAGCCUCUCGAACACUGGUUCCCGAGACACAAAGCAACCUUCGAGACACGGUACCAGAUUUCCAAACUUGGUACGAACGCUUGAUCCAAGCGUCGAUCACCUCCUAUAAUCUUCUUUUAUCUCUCUUUACUUUAUUUUUCUAGCCAAGAGAAUCUUGAAAAAAAAAAAUCAUCUCAUCAUGGACAUCAAAGAAAUAGUUAAUUCAAAAGGUGCGAAAGGAGCAGCCGCGGCGGCAGCAGCAUCAGCAAGUGGUCAAGCUCAAGCGCAGGCUCAAGAUUUACACUUACUUCAAACCAUAUCGCAAGCCAACGGAAUGCGAAUGUCUGAUACUGGCUCCGAGAGAGGUACUUCUCCUCAUGGUUCUGAACAUUCUCAAUACUCUACACCACGAAUGGGAAUGAACGUAAUGAACGGAGCACCAAAUGGCAUGCGUUAUCCUUCGCCUCCUGGUAUGCAAAAUGCUAUGCCAAUGAUGCAACAACCUUACCGUCCAGAUAUUCCUUUCGAUAACAGUAUGAUGCCCACGCAACAACAAGAUAACACGCGACAACGCCAACCUGGAGAUGUCACAGUUACAAAAGCUUUUCCUUGCAGUACAUGUGGCAAAGGAUUUGCUCGCCGAAGUGAUCUUGCAAGGCAUGAGCGAAUUCACAGUGGUGUCCGACCUCAUGUUUGUGAUUAUCCAGGGUGUGGCAAACAAUUCAUUCAAAGAUCAGCUUUAACAGUUCAUCUUCGAGUUCACACUGGUGAAAAACCUCACACUUGCGAACGUUGUGCAAAGCCCUUUAGUGACUCUAGUUCGCUUGCUAGACAUAGGCGCAUCCAUUCUGGAAAGCGUCCAUACAAGUGCCCAUAUGCCGACUGUCAAAAGACUUUCACUCGAAGAACCACUUUGACACGCCACCAAAAUCAUCAUACCGGAACUGUCGAAGAAGCAGCCGCCGCAACUGCCGCCGCUCUUGCCACUCGACCUGGUAAUAACAGACCUAGUAGACAACGUUCUGAUGGCGAGUCAUAUUCAAACAAUGGAUCUCCAAUGUCAACUCCUUCACCAGGCCGACAUCUCUCUGCUUCUCCAAGUUCUGAUAUGGCACCAAUGAAUAGCAUGCAGCGCCACCCUGGUGAUUACGGCUACAUGAAUAACAGCUCUUUACCUGGCCAUCUUCGUGGUGAUUAUGGCGUACCAAGCCAGCCACCACCGGUUUCCACUGCUUUUGCAAAUGGUAUGCAACAACAACGACCUACCUCCCACCCAACCGGUUAUGGCCCACCAAACAUUCUAGAGCCUCCUGCCAACAUGGAACAACGCCAACCUGGUAGCGCAAAUGGUAGCCCACACAUGACCAACAUGGGUUGGCAAUCACCAUCUCACAUGGGAUCUCCAUCGCAUAACAACAAUUAUGUCUAUCCAGACCCUGAUCCGUAUGGAUCUGGCGCGGCGAUUGGCCAGAUGUAUUACCCAAACUCAAACAUGAGAAGACCACAAAGCACGGAGCCAGAACAAUACGAUAUGAAGCCAAGAAUGGGCGAUCUAUGGGCCACAGCUCAAUGAACAUAUCGUAUUGUCUGAAACUUUCUUUCUCUGCCUGCUUUAAAUGGUUCUCCGGUUUUCAUAGUGCAAUGAAUCUUUUCAUGAACUAUGUUUGAUACCCUGUACACAUCACGACUCAUUCUUUCAUUUCUUUCUGAUCGUUCACUCUUGAUGUUCGACAGUACUGCAUACUAUCAAAAAGGCUUUGUUAUCUCGAUAUUGGCGUUCUUGAGGUUCUAUUGCGAUCCUGUGAUUUUUAGGCGGUUUUCUCUCGGUGGAAUAAAGAAUCUCUAGACAUCAUGAAGCAAAUGACCUUGGCUUUCUGAUUCCAUAACUUCGGGGUUAUGGCUCAUGGCAAUAAUUAUGAUAUUGGUCUCGUACCUUUCACAUUCAUCACACUUGGUAUCAAGCUUCACGGCACCCACUUCUACGUUGGACCGGCUCGCUUUUGAAGCUACACCUUUUGGCAUGGGAUAUUUGCAUUAGCUUAUGUGAUAAAUUGAGUAGUGUGGCUCAAAUUCUUUACUUUUUACUUUAUUGUAAAGUAGUAGUUCCGGGAUUGGGUUGGUCUGGUCUUGUUUGGGACGAGGGAUGGGAAGUGAAUAAAUUGAUGGGUGGGAUGCUUGCUAGGAGGCUGCUUUUUUGCUGCAUUUUCUGGCGCCAAAAUUAUGUGUAGAAUUCCCAUUAAUGAAGAAAAAUUUACA